AUGCUCUUGUCAGUGUGCGGACAAUUAUGUGGCAUCGUAGUCACCAGCACAUCAGCAGAGCUGAUCCACAGCGACAGAGAUGUCCUAGUCUUGCACAGAACAUCUGUAUAUCUGGUCAGCACACUGAAGCUCACUUCUCAUAGCAGCCAUGAGGAGGCCGACACAAAGGCCGAGGGGAGGAAGGCGAACGUGGGGUACGGCAAGGGCUGGAUUCCGGGCGCAGCGGAGCCCGGGCGUCCCCGAGAAGCGGGCGAUCCCGGGGAAGGGCGGGCGGCGCGGGUGGGCCGUCCCCGCACGCCGCGCGCCGGGCCGGGGGAGAGGCCGGCUCGCACGCGGGGCCCCGCAGGCGCCGGGCCAGAGCCGCCGGGAGGCGCAGCGCCGGCGCGGGGGCCCGCCAGGGCGGGGCGGCCCCGGCGGCGGGGGGCGGCCCCACCCCGGUCCGGAGGGCCACAGGCCUUCGCCACUCACCUGCCGACGUCUGCGGGCGCUGGGUCCGCGCCACCGUCCACCGCAGGGGAGGAGGGAACGCCGGUUCCGCGCCGGCCGAGCCGCGUAGCCCGACAGAACACAAAUGGUCGUCGCCGGCCUAGGCCGCAACCGCCGGCCGCCGCGCCCACAGAUUCAAAUACGGUCGCUUGGCGCCACGCGGCCAAUCAGCGCAGGGCGUAG